GCUCUCCAGGAACGCCGUGCUGCUGUUGCAAGCGGACUUGGUCCGUGUCACAAUGACCUUUACUGUCAAAGGUAAUUAAAGUCUGUGAAGAAGAGCAGACCUCUUGCCCCCAAAUUUUUCGCCAGUCGUUAUCUUUCCACACGCGCGCACGCGAACGCACUCUGUCAGCACCAUGUCGUCCACUGAGCGUGCAGACCUGGGUCUGGCGCUCUGCAUCAUCACCGGGGCCUCCAGGGGCUUUGGCCGGACUGUGGCGAGGGAGGUGUCGCGGUUGGUGAAGCCGGGCUCGGUGCUCGUCCUGGUGGCCCGCUCCGGUGACGACCUGCGGGCUCUGCGGACGGAGCUGGCCGACUCCGAGGAAGGAAGAGCGGGACUGGUGGUGGAGUGUGUGGAGGCAGAUCUGGGUCAGAUGGAAGGACCGGAGAGCGUGGUCAGAGCGUCUAAAGCCGCUUUGCCUGAAGUUAUAGAUCACCUCAUACUGGUCAACAACGCUGCCUCUCUGGGUGAUGUGUCCCGCUACGCCAAAAGCUUCACCAACAUGGCAGAGGUGGACUCUUAUUUGUCUCUCAAUGUCAGCUCCGCCCUGUGCCUCACCGCCAGCGUCCUCCAGGCUUUUCCGCAGCGUCCAGGUCUGAGGCGCACCGUGAUCAACGUCUCCUCGCUGUGCGCCCAGCAGCCUUUCCCCUCCUGGGUGCUGUACUGCACCGGCAAGGCUGCCCGAGCGAUGAUGUUCAGGGUACUGGCAGAAGAGGAGCCGGACCUCCGGGUGCUCAACUACUCCCCAGGGCCCCUGGACACCGCCAUGCAGUUGGUGGCCAGAUCUGAAACAGCUGAUCCCAGCUUGAGGAAGGCUUUUUCAGACAAGUUCGCUCAGGGCCAGCUGCUCACCUGUGAGGCGUCCUGCGCCAAGCUGAUGAAGCUGCUGCUGGAAGACAAAUACACAUCAGGAGCUCACAUCGACGUCUUUGACGUUUAGACGUAGCACGAGCAAACUCAGCCUUUUAGCUCUAGGGCAGAUUAUUUAAAUGUGCCUUGAUUUUAAUUGAAACUAUUAAUUUAUACUGUUGAUGACUACAGCCAUAAAUGGAAAAGUUCAAUUAAUUUUUAUUUAUAUAGCGCCAAAUCACAACAACAGUUAUCUCACAGCACUUUUCAUAAAAGAGCAGGUCUAGACCGUACUCUUAACUGUGAUGUUGAUUAGUUAUAAGCUGAUUCAAAUUUCACUGUCCGUCUUAACUCUGCAGGUUGUAGCAUUCUGAUGUUAAACUGACCAGUUUGACAGGAUGAAAUAUCAAACUGAUGUUCAUCAGAUUUACUUUCAAAACAUUCCAGAGCAGAGGUGCAGUAAAGCUGCAGUCAGUAAUGUCACUGCACGCACAGUUAGAGAAAUUCCUUUGAGAUGGUAGACACUACAGGACAUGAAGCACACAUUUGUAGAAAAGAUAGACAGUUAGGAAACAUUAUGUGUUACUGCACAUGCCUCAGGCCAUAAUGAGUAAUCUUCUGGUCACAGGGCGUCAUAAUGCAGUGGUGGGAUAUGAUUUUAAAACACAUGACAUCACCUGUUCACCCUGCUGCCUUCUGGGAAGAGAUAUAUAGAAGUUUCUGCUGCCGUACCAUCAGACUGCAGAGCAGCUUUUCCCCCCAAGCUAUCAGACUCUUAAACUCUAAUUCAUCCUCAGCACUGC